GUGAAGAUCAGUACAGACUAGCAGACACAUUAGACAGCAGACAAUAUGGACAUGACCACUUCAGAAGAAGAGUGUCUUGUGUGCAUGGAAAAAAUAUGUAAUCCUUUGCCACCUUCACAACCUUGCUGUGGAAAAAUAAUCUGCCAGCGAUGCUUGAGUCAUUCUUUUCGAUAUAGGUCUCACUGUCCACACUGCAGAAGCCAACAACACACACCCAAUUAUGCAGCUGUUCGAGGGCCUUUUAGUAUCACGAGAAAUAUACUUCCAGUCCAGCCAGGCAAUUUUCAAGGAGUUAAUUCAAGACACGUUGACGGAAACAUACAGAAUCUCAUCACCCAGCUUCGAAAUUCACAGACACAACAAACAGACACUGUCAAUCAAGUGAAUCCACCCAAUCAGGCUUCUCCACAAAAUCAAGCCCCUCCCCUUCUCAAUCACCGCCCGCGACCUAUUCCCAGACCACGCUUCCGAUUUUCAAGACGUAAUGCCAGCCCAAGUGCUUUUAUUCCAGUGGCUCCAUCAACUGCUCCUUCUACACUGCUGCUAAACCCUGCACCACAACCUACAAGUGUUACUGCCCCAAAUGGUCCUUUCCAAAUUGCCCCGACACCUGCUCCUGCACCAGCUCAAGCUCCACGGAUGUUCAACCCCGCACCACAGCCUAUGAGUGUUACUGCUGCCCCCGGUGGACUUUUCCAGAACACCCCAAGACCUGCUCCAGCUCCUCUGCUGCAGAACAUUGCCCUAUUCCAGGACUCCUUACUGGAGCAGCUUGAUGACUGGCCAUGGCAAACUGAGAUCGCUUUAAUGGGGCUAAUUCAGGAACCUUUGAGUGUUCCUUUGAGGACAUUUGUGUGCCCAUACUGCCAGUAUAAUGGAUUUGAUGAACUUCAACUACUAAAUCACUGCAAUAUCCACCAUGCCAGCGACAGCAGACGUGUGGUGUGUCCAGUGUGUGUAGCGACACCUCACGGAGAUCCACAAUACUACAGCCGCAACUUCAUCGGCCACCUCAACCAGCGCCAUCGCUUCUACCUAGACGAUAUAACUCCACUCCAGCAGUCCGAUGAGGUGAACCUGCAGCACGCGAUUAUGGCGUCAUAUCAACAACAUUAAACCGCAUUUUCAGCUCUCGGAUAUGGUCUGGACAGCAAAAACUAUGACAUUCGUGAGUCACCAUGAAUAUGAAUAAAGUAAAGAGAUGGCGGUCAAAGAUGGAUAUAUUGAAGAUAUGAUGAUGAUGAGGUAUAUUAUCGAUUAAAUAAUGGCGUCUCACAUGGAAAUAGCCUACUACAGUAAUGUAUAGUAUACUGAUUUUGCACCAUACUAAAGUGUAUUGUACUGAAUAGUACAACACUGAAUGCUACAGCAUAUUAAGUAGGCUAUUCUGUGAACUGUUUAGUGAUAAACUAAAUACUGUAGUAUACUUUAUAUUACUGUAAACUGUAGUGUAGGCUAGUAUAAAACACCAUAUAGUUGUUGUAGAAUGUUCUGUACAGUAUUGGGUAAUUUGUUUAUAUUGCUAUAGUUGUUGUACCACAGCAACCAUAAAAUUACCCGAAAGGAUUAACUCAAGUAUAUUCAAUAAAUGACUUUUGCUUAUUGUUCAAACUACUUAUUUAAAAUGAGUUGAAACAACACAAUUAUUAAGGUUUUUGGGGCACAACUUAAUUGUUUAAUGUUCAAUUCACUUAAAUUUGUAAAAAAAAAAAUUAAAAUAAAAAAUGAAGUUAACUUAAUUAGUGUGUGUUGGGACAAAUAAAGGAAUUGUGUGGAAACCAGCAAUUUUGUGUGUUACUGUAUAUGGUUCAUAAAACACUAUAUCAUUUGCUAUAAAUUACUGUAGUAUUUUUUUUCACGUGAGGUCAAAUAAAAUAUUUAAUCCUGACCCACCGAGAUGAACUCACAACUUAGCAUUAAAAUAUGGAUGUAUCGAAUGACGAUUGUUAUAUUAUAUAAUAUAUACAGUAUUCUUUUAAAAGCGGUUAUCAGAUUAAGUGGUGUUUUCAGACGUUUCGUGUGCUACGGUCUCUAGAAUACUGAUCAUGAUACAUCUAAAAAACUAUUUGCACUAUUUAGCUCUUCUUGCACUUUCUGUUCCAAUAGCUGAUUUUCAGAAUGUACACUUGUACACCGUUCAUAAUCGUUUAAUGGAACUUACUUAUCAUUUAUUAUGUAUAUAUUAGUGGGGAAAAUGUUUCAAUGAAUUACAGUAUGUUUGUGAAAUUCUCAAGUUAUAAAGCAAAAUAUAAUAAAAUAAAAGUUAAUACAGCAUUUGGAAAAUAGGAAAAGAUCAUUUUUCGUUACAUAUAGGCAGAAUGUGUGUUUAUCGGGCAAAGACAAAGUUUUAAACAACAAAAGAAAAUGUAAAUAAAGGUUUUUGCACAUUAGAA